ACAGCUGACCUCUGAGACCUGGGAUACUUGCUCCAAACACAUCAGCUGAAUCUCUAGCAUUCUUAUUUUGUCUUCUGUAGCUUGGAGAAAAUAUGUGGCUCUUGACAGCUCUGCUCCUUUGGGUUCCCGUUGGAGGGCAAAUGGACCCCACAAAAGCAGUGAUCACCUUGCAACCUCCAUGGGUUAAUGUAUUCCAAAUGGAAAGUGUAACCUUAUGGUGUGAAGGACCCAGCCGGCCUGGGGACAGCUCUACACAGUGGUUUCUCAAUGGCACAGCCAUUCAUACUUUGGCUCCCAGCUACAACAUCACUGCUGCUAGUGUCAAGGAUAAUGGUGAAUACACGUGCCAGACAGGUCUCUCAGUGCCAAGUGAUCCGGUACAGCUGGAAAUCCACAAAGAUUGGCUACUACUCCAGGUUUCUAGCAGAGUCUUGACCGAAGGGAAACCUCUGGCCUUGAGGUGUCAUGGAUGGAAUAAUAUGCUGGUGUAUAAUGUGGUUUUCUACCAAAAUGGCAAGAGCUUUAAGUUUUCUUCUUGGGAUUCUAAAGUCACCAUUCUGAGAACCAACCUGAGUCACAAUGGCAUCUAUCACUGCUCAAGCCGGCAAAAAAAUCACUUCAGUUCAGCAGGAAUAUCUAUCACUGUAAAAGAGCUAUUUCCAGUCCCAUUGCUGAAAGUAUCCCCUACAUUCCCUCUCCUAGAGGGGACUCUGGUCAACCUGAGCUGUGAAACCAAGCUGCUCUCACAGAGCCCUGGUGUACAGCUCUACUUCUCCUUCUACGUGGGCAAUAAGACCCUGAUGAAUAGAAGCACAUCUUCUGAAUACCAGAUACUCACUGCUAAGAGAGAAGAUUCUGGGUUAUACUGGUGUGAGGCAUUCACGGAAGAUGGAAAUGUCAUCAAGCACAGCCCUGAGUUGAAGCUUCAAAUGCUUGGUCUUCUGGCCCCAAACCAGACUCCUGCCUGGUUUCAUGUCCUUUUCUAUGUGGCCAUGGGAAUCAUAUUUUUGGUGAACACUGUUUUGUGUGUGAUAAUACAUAAGAAGCUUCAAAAACAGAAAACGUGGAAUUUAGAAAUCCCUUUGGACUAUGGUCAUGAGAAGAAGGAACUCAUUAAAAAAGAUGGACAUUUACAAGAGGAACUGAAAUGUCAAGAACAAAAACAGCUGCAAGAAAAAACACAGCAGAAGCCCUAGGAGGAAGGGCAGCAUCUCAGUGGGUGCCCACCGGUCUAGACAGACCCCAUCCCCCUUCCUUUCUAUGUUAAGUCUUGGGGCACAAACAUCCAAAAGUUGAAAGAUGCUGGAACUGUGAGUGCCAUGACAUUUGAUUAACUCUUAAAUAAAGCAAAUUUUAAUGAGUUGACUUCAA